GCUGGUGCUGCCGCAGCGCCGCCCACCCCCGCACAAGAUGGCGGCCGGUGGCAGCGGCGGGGGCCCCGGGGGCCUCUCCUCCUCCUCCUCCUCCGGCCCGCCGCCGCCUCCGGGCAACGGGGCCGCCGCCGCCGCCUGCACCAACGGCCCGCCCGCCUCCCCGCCGGGCCUCACCUACAACCAGUGCGGGGCCGGGAACCCCGCGGCGGCGGCGGCGGCGGCGGCCGGGGGUCCCGGCUCCGGGGGCUCGGCGGCGGCGGCGGCGGCGGCGGCUCCGGGCGGGGCAGCGGGCGGCCCCCUGCAGCGGGAGCCGGUGUACAACUGGCAGGCCACCAAGCCCACGGUGCAGGAGCGCUUCGCCUUCCUCUUCAACAACGAGGUGCUCAGCGACGUGCACUUCCUGGUGGGCAAGGGCCGCGGCUCGCAGCGCAUCCCGGCCCACAGGUUUGUGUUGGCUGUGGGCAGUGCGGUCUUCGAUGCAAUGUUUAAUGGUGGAAUGGCCACAACUUCUACAGAGAUUGAACUGCCGGAUGUGGAGCCUGCUGCCUUCCUAGCUUUGCUAAAAUUUCUUUAUUCGGACGAGGUUCAGAUUGGCCCAGAGACUGUUAUGACAACACUUUACACAGCUAAAAAAUACGCUGUCCCUGCACUUGAAGCCCACUGCGUGGAGUUCCUAAAGAAAAACCUCAGAGCAGACAACGCAUUCAUGCUCUUAACACAGGCAAGACUAUUUGAUGAACCCCAGCUGGCCAGCCUGUGCCUAGAGAACAUAGACAAGAACACAUCAGAUGCCAUCAAUGCCGAGGGGUUCACAGACAUUGAUUUAGACACCCUGGUUGCGGUGCUGGAGCGGGAUACCUUGGGGAUUCGGGAGGUUCGUUUGUUUAAUGCAGUGGUUCGCUGGUCGGAGGCAGAAUGUCAGCGGCAGCAACUUCAGGUGAUUCCAGAGAACAAGCGGAAAGUACUGGGCAAAGCGCUUUCUCUUAUUCGCUUCCCAUUGAUGACUAUUGAGGAGUUUGCAGCAGGGCCUGCCCAGUCAGGAAUUCUGACUGACCGGGAAGUGGUUAGCCUGUUUCUCCACUUCACUGUCAAUCCAAAACCCCGAGUGGAAUUCAUUGACAGACCACGCUGCUGCCUGAGAGGGAAGGAGUGCAGCAUCAACCGUUUCCAGCAGGUGGAGAGCCGCUGGGGGUACAGUGGGACUAGCGACAGGAUCAGGUUCUCAGUAAACAAAAGGAUAUUUGUAGUUGGGUUUGGACUGUAUGGAUCAAUACAUGGGCCGACAGACUACCAAGUAAAUAUACAGAUCAUCCACACAGACAGCAAUACAGUACUGGGUCAAAAUGACACUGGGUUCAGCUGUGAUGGAUCCUCCAGCACUUUCCGGGUCAUGUUUAAAGAGCCUGUUGAGAUUUUACCUAACGUCAGCUAUACAGCCUGUGCGACACUAAAGGGUCCAGAUUCUCACUACGGAACCAAAGGACUGCGUAAAGUGAUCCAUGAAUCACCAACAACAGGAGCCAAAACAUGCUUUACGUUCUGUUAUGCGGCUGGGAAUAACAACGGCACGUCUGUGGAGGAUGGACAGAUCCCAGAGAUUAUCUUCUAUACAUAGUGCAGCUGUUGGAAUCAGAUGUGUUGGAGGAACUUUUGUCUCCCCUUCUCCCUCUCUCCCACGCCCUUCCAAACAAAAUCUCUGGCUGAAUUCAGCCAUGCCAGUGGGAGCCACGCUAGCCAAAGGUCUCAGUAAAAUAAUUGUAAAGCUCAUGUUUUGCCUUGUGCUAGUGAAGCUGCUGCUGCUGCCACCCCCAUGUACAGACUAACUGGUUUAUCGGUGUCAUUUAUAGGUUGCCUGUGGCUAGUAACUCUUCAUUUUACUGAUAACCCUCUCUGAUUUCAUGGGUUUUUUAUUGUCAUGAAUGUAGAUGCUUUUACAUCAGUUGGAAGCAUGGAAACAAGUGGCUCUGAUUGUGGUUAAAUUCUCCACUAGGUGACAAUCCUGCAAAAAGAAAAUUCAUAUUGAGGAUCAUAUUGACUUUUUCUUCCUCUGCCCUACUUGGGAUUGGGAUGAGAGGGUUUGCCAGGUCGAUUCAGCUGUGCUGCCAAAAUGGGGAGGUUUCUCUGAGAGAGGUUUCACUAAAACGUACCUGCCAUACUGCCAGGCUGUACAUACCUUUGCUCUUUUCAGAAAAUUAAGGAAACGGGUGUUAAUGGAGGUUUUCCUAUUUCAGCACUACGUAUUGUGGGAGACCUCAGAACGGCCUCCCAGCUCCAGGAGAGAACUUCUACAGAGAUCAACCAGAGUUUUACAUGGGCAUUUUUGCUAAUUUGAGACAAUCCUUUAAGUUGGACAGUUAGUACAACCCAACGGAAACGCCCUGGGGCUAGAUGACCCUGUACGUAGGUGGAGAGGCCCAGUAGAUCAGCACUUAGCAGAGCACCUUUGCUACCUACAUGCAGGCUCCCCUGCUUUGGCCUGGGGGUGCUUUUGCAGUUUUGUCUGUAUGCUGUUUAAACAAAUGGGGGAUGUUAAAUAUCCCCUGUGCAGCGUUUAGCAGCAGGGAAUCCAUACUGGUAGCUGCCACGCUAACUGAAUCCCUUCCACUUCGAGGUAGCAGUUGUCCGUGGCUGCUUCUACCUGACAAUGUGCCUCGCUUGGCUCCAGUGUAAAGUAUAUGGCUGCGGUCUUCAGGCAAGUUGCAGCAUGGCUCUUCUACUGUCUUGUUUUCUUUGCUUCACUAACUGUUCAUACUGGGUCAGAGCUCUGCUGCCAAAGAGGAAGGGGGUUUGGUGUUCAAGUGUCAUUUCUUUAACCAUCAGCAGAUGGAGUGGGAUUUAUGAAACAGAAUAGAAAACGACUGAAGAGUUUCUGCUUGUCCAUGCACAUUUGUCUGUCCCCUCACAGCUAGAGCCUGUUCAGUGGGUGUUUGGACAGACUGUCUCAGCAUGACGCUCUUACUGGAGACUCCUGGUUGACUUAAACAAAAGCUUUAACACCAGACAUCGAUGGGGGUGCUUUGAUGGCAAAAGAGCCUCCUCCUCUCCCCUUAUCUCUGUUCAAAACUGGUUGCCUCUCGCCAUAAACAGAUGUGAUUUCAGCUGAGCAUGAUGCUGCUUUGAUGGGAAGUAGCUGUGUGACUUUGUUUUGUAACUGCCUGAAUGGUCCCACCCUUGCCCUGACUAGCGAAGACUAAAGGGAUUUUUACUUCCCAGCAGCCUGCCGAGGAGGAGGGUAUUUGAAAUAAAGGCUGCCUUCGUAAGAUUGGGUGGCCAAACCAUUCAGAGGUGUUGGUGUGGAAUUAAUUAGUGCAUGAUUGUGUUGUCUCUGAUAAGUUGAGGUUCAUUAAAAAGUCUUUGUGUGUG